CAGCGUCCGGCUCUGUUUUGAAUGAGUCUAUACUUUUCAGGAGGCAAUACCUAUUCCUUUUUAGCCCCACACAACAUCUUCAGAACAUUAAGUUGCCGUUAGCUGCGGUGGGGCUCUGGAAGCCAUUUUUGUCAAGCACAAGAAGUUUCUAUUGCCCUGGCUUCCAAAGACUCAGCGUUUCCAAAGCACACUCUGUCUCCCCCACUCGCAGCUAAAAAAUCUGCCCUUUAAAAUAUCUCCUCAUGAAGUAGGAAGCGCCACUUUUGACCAUGUCUGCUGACAUGAUUUUUAAUCUGGGAAAGAGUGUGAGGAGCUGACUGGAAGCAUCACUUUCUGGGAUGUCAGAGUCUCCGUGGAAGAGCCCUAAUUAAGGACUCAGAAUGACUGACAGGUGGUGGAAGCUCGAGAAAGCACAUUUGAUAUGUAGCAGAAGACAGCCUCUGAGUUGCAAAAAAACCUGGCAAUUGGAGACCUUGAAAAACUUUUGUACCUCCAGAUCAUCAGUCACUCGAUGUAAACCAGGAGCCAACUGCCCCAGUUCACACAGUGGCAUCAGUAGACAACUGUCCCCACUAUCUGUCACCGAAGAUUCCUCUGCUCCUAUUCUUGAACUUCAGAACCGAGGAUCCUCAGGAGUUUGUGGACACAGAGUUGAGAGACAAAACAGAUCAGCAGAUGAUGGGACACAGACUCAUUCUGAGAACAACAGCCAAGAAAACAGAAUCAAGGCUCACUGCCUGUCCUGCACGUCCAUGGUUCUGAAGGCCAUCUGGGGACUCUUGAUCAUUUUGUCAGUAUCAUCAUCUUGGGUUGGAACCACACAGAUUGUAAAAAUUACUUAUAAGAACUUCUAUUGUCCAUUUUUCAUGACUUGGUUUUCAACAAACUGGAACAUUAUGUUUUUCCCAGUCUAUUAUUCUGGUCAUCUAGCCACUGCUCAAGAAAAGCAAUCUCCAAUGAAAAAAUUCAGGGAAUGCAGUCGGAUUUUCGGUGAAGAUGGUCUGACGCUGAAGCUCUUUCUUAAAAGAACUGCUCCCUUUUCUAUUCUAUGGACUUUGACUAAUUACCUUUAUUUACUGGCUUUAAAGAAGCUGACGGCCACGGAUGUCUCUGCUCUGUUCUGUUGUAACAAAGCCUUUGUCUUCUUGCUGUCAUGGAUUGUGCUGAAAGACAGGUUCAUGGGAGUGAGGAUAGUUGCUGCAAUAAUGGCAAUUACCGGCAUCGUCAUGAUGGCGUAUGCAGAUAAUUUCCACGCUGAUUCCAUCAUAGGAGUGGCAUUUGCUGUGGGUUCAGCCUCUACGUCUGCAUUAUAUAAGGUCUUGUUUAAGAUGUUUCUCGGAAGUGCCAACUUUGGGGAAGCUGCACACUUUGUCUCCACCUUGGGUUUCUUCAAUUUGAUCUUCAUCUCCUUCACCCCAGUCAUCCUGUAUUUCACCAAGGUGGAGCACUGGUCCUCUUUUGCAGCUCUGCCAUGGGGCUGUCUCUGUGGGAUGGCAGGGCUGUGGCUAGCCUUCAACAUCCUGGUGAAUGUUGGGGUAGUACUGACAUACCCAAUCCUAAUCUCCAUUGGGACAGUGCUCAGCGUUCCUGGAAAUGCAGCUGUGGAUCUCCUAAAGCAGGAGGUGAUAUUCAAUGUUGUCCGCCUGGCUGCCACCAUCAUCAUCUGCAUUGGGUUUCUGCUGAUGCUGUUGCCUGAAGAAUGGGAUGAAAUCACCCUGAGGUUCAUCAACAGCCUGAAGGAAAAGAAGAGUGAGGAGCAUGUGGAUGAUGUGACUGAUCCCAGUGUACACCUGCGAGGCAGAAGCAGAGCCAAUGGGACAGUGUCUAUACCACUGGCUUAGAGAAGGACACAUUUUGAAUGCACGUGGAUGUAUAUUCUGUGAAUAUAACAAAAUUUUCUCACUACCUGUACACUCCAACGACAGUAUUAACUCUAAAUUUGGAUAAAUCAUAUGUGAAAUAAUGCCAACAAUAAAAGUUUACAUUUAUAUGCUUGUCAAGGAAUGGUGUAAAUAAUCGUAAUAGAUUUUCUAUUAAAACACUUUGUCCUU